AUGACAAUAAACUUUAUUGAUUUUGGAAGUUUAGAUCUCUAUGAGAAAGAACAAGUGGUGGCCGGUGAUACGGAAAUAAGCAAUUUAUUAAAGAGUUUGGGUUGCAUAAAGUUUGAAAAAGAGCCCAAAAGUUCUACGGAUGGUGUGGUUUCAUUCCUAGAUCAGCAAUUGAAGCUAAACACUGUACAAGAUGUUUAUCCCGUUGUUCGACGUAUUGAACAGCAAGAAUGUAUGCGCGUACUUGAAUUGCGUGGUAACACUCUUGGUAUCGAAUCAGGGAAACGAAUUGCUCAAGCGAUUGAACGCCACCCUGAAUUGCAGAGGUGUUUAUGGAGCGAUCUGUUCACUGGAAGAUUAAAAAAUGAAAUACCACCAAUUUUGAAAUCACUGUGCACCGCUAUGAUCUCGGCUAAUUGUCACAUAACCGAGUUGGAUCUUUCAGACAACGCAUUUGGCCCUAUCGGAGUUGAAGGAAUUCGAGAGUUCCUUAUAUCACCCGCUGCGUUUUCAUUAGAAGUGCUAAAAUUGAAUAACAAUGGUCUAGGAAGUGGUGGCAAGGUGAUUGCUGAAUGUCUAUCGGAAUGCCAUAGCAGGUCUAUCAAAGUUGGUCGACCGCUGCAACUAAAAACCUUCAUAGCAGGUCGAAAUCGCUUAGAAGUACAAGGAGCAAAAGCAUUUGCAGCAACUUUUACUAAAAUUGGAACAUUGGAGGAAUUAGUUAUGCCACAGAAUGGGAUCACUGUUGACGGAAUCGAAGCAUUGGCCAUGUGUUUCACUUCGAACUCGAACCUUCGUAUAGUGAAUUUAAAUGACAAUACAGCUACAGAACGAGGCAGUGAUGCUAUUGCUAAAGCGCUUCCUUCUAUGUCGAAACUUGAAGUGCUCAAUCUUGGUGACUGCUUGUGUCGUGAUCAAGGUUGCCAUUCCAUUGUCGACAGUCUUUCGCCGACAAUACACAAAAGUUUAAAAGAAGUGGAUUUGUCGGGCUCAGAACUGAGUGGUGCUGCUGCUAUGCAGAUCAUUGAAAAGUGGAGGAAGUUCAAUACUACGACGCACUUGAAUGUUUCGUCAAAUAACUUUGGGCAAGCUUUCAAUCUUGUUCGUGAAAUGGCUGCUGCAAAUGUGGCUGUUGGUGUUUCGGAGUGA